AUGUCUAAUAUUCUAAGGAUAUGUCCAAAAUGCCAAAUAAAUCCAGCUACAAUCCAGUGUAUAGAUUGUAAUGAAAAGAUGUGUUACUCAUGUGAAUAGAAAGUACAUUAAAAAUUGAAAUAACACAGAACAGACAUCAUUCCCUAUUCAUAGAUGAAACAGAUUAAAUCGACCUAAUCUAUCAUCGGUGGCAUUUCAGACCACUCCAAUGCCUCAUAGGAAUUAAAGCAAGAACUUUGUGAAUUGGAAUCAAUUAUUGAAACCAAAAAGCAAUUUCUAGCCAAACAAGAAGAAAAGUGGAGUACUUAAAUCGGUUCUCUUGAAAUCCAAUAUGAAAAGAAAUUAAAAGACUUUGAAAAGGAAAUUGAAAAUAAUGAGGAUUCCUUAAAAAAUUAUUAUUCAAGUGGAAAUACUACUUUCUAGAUUGCUGAUAUCAAGAAAUAAAUGGAGACAUAAAUGCAAUAAGCAUGGAAAGAGUUGAAUGAUAAAAAAGCUAAACUCGUAGAAAAAGAAACAUUACUGAAAGACAUGAUCCAAACAGAGGAGUUUUGCUCAAAGGAAAUUGCCUAGAAAGAGAAACUAAUGAAUUAGUAUAAGGAGUUAUUAUAAUAAUAAUAAGUAGAGAGAGAUUUGAUAAGUGAGGAGAAUCAAAAGAUUGUAAAAUAAUUGGAAUCAAUAAAAAACCUAUGUAAAAAGAGUCUACCUGAGUUUGGUAUCAAUGUUGAUUUUUUGGAUAAAUUAUCGAGGAUGCAGAAACUCAAAAAUACUUAAUAGGUAGAUGAGCAAGAUGAGGAAUAUGAGGAAGACAAUGAUAAUUAGGAAGAAAUAGAGGAUUAAGAGGAAGGAGCCGAUUAAAAUCAAUAACUUGAAAAUGAAUAAUAGCAAGAAUAAAAAUGA